UUAAUUCUGCGCUUACGAAAAAAACCCUAAUUUCCCCUUAUUUACAUUUGUGUCCACGACCUGGAAGAAUCAUCCUACACUUCUUCACCACGAAAGAGCCAAAAUUAAUCAAAAGCGUUUCUCGCCAGAUCUCCAAUCCCGAUCCAUGGCAAAGGAAUUCAACGUGCCCCCGGUGGUUUUUCCCUCCGGCGGGAAUCCGGCGACGGCCGCCUCCGGCCCCCAGCAGCGCCGCCUCCCUACCGCUCCUUUCCAGCCCCCGAGAUCCUCGAACCCUGGCCUCCCCUUCCUCUCCUUCGAUGUCAACUCCGCCGCCGCGUCCACCUCCUUCUCCGCCGCGCCUCAAUUCCCCUCCACGAUCGGCGGCGUCGGUGGCAGCUUCGACGACGAGCCGCCGCUUCUCGAAGAACUCGGCAUCAACACCAAGCAAAUCUACCAAAAAACCCUAUCGAUUCUCAACCCGUUCCGGAUCAAUCACUACCUCCACGAGGACGCCGAUCUCUCCGGACCGUUCCUCUUCCUGAUGGCGUUUGGAUUGUUCCAGCUCCUCGCCGGAAAAUUGCAUUUCGGAAUCAUACUCGGCUGGGUGACGAUGGCGUCGAUGUUCCUGUACGUCGUGUUCAAUAUGCUGGCGGGUAAAAACGGGAAUUUGGACAUGUACAAGUGUCUCAGUCUGAUUGGGUACUGUAUGCUGCCCAUCGUGAUGUUGUCGGCGGUCUCUCUGUUCUUGCCGCAAGGCGGAAUGGCGAUCAUGGUGAUUACGGGGCUGUUCGUGAUCUGGUCCACGCGUGUCUGCACCGGAUUGGUCGUGGAGCUCGCCAACUGCGGGGAUGAGCAUCGAGGGCUGAUAGCGUAUGCUUGCUUCUUGAUUUACAUGCUUUUUUCGCUGCUUGUGAUUUUCUAGUUGCCAACACUUUGUACAAGAUUGAAUCAUAUAUGUUGUUAGCGUUUCAAGCUUAGCUUAGUACGGAUGUUAACUCUUACAUAUAUGGCCUUUUGUAGCAUGGGAAUAUUGUCGGCAUUUUUGUUAAGGUGGGAGGGGAUGGAUCACAAAUUUGUUUACUUUGUGAUUGAUGGAUGGUGGUUUGACAUGCUGGAUAAUGGAAUGGAUAUUGAUGGUGGAAUUCAAAUGUUCUAGCUUAA